UAUAAACUCCUCUAUUUCUUGUGGGUAUGCAUGAAUGAAAGAGAAAGAGAGACUCAGUGACUCACUCACUCACACGGCUGGCCUCCGCCUCUCUACGGUUCUCCCACGCCGGCGCUUCCAGAUUCUCCGUCUCUAAAAUUCUCUCUCGGUACUUUCAUCAAACACGUUCAAAACAAAGCACCUCCAUGACUCCCUCCCACUUCCUCCUCCCUCAUUUUCUCCUCCCCACCUCCUCCUCGUCCUCCUCCUCCACCGCCCUCUGAAUCAACUUCCCAAUCCAAAACCAUCAGCAAUGCUAGAUCUCAACCUCGGCUUCGUCUCCCGCGACGACGUUUCCAUGUCCCAAAACAAGGUUCUCACCACCUCCCCGGUCGAAUGCUCCGGAAGCUUCAACUCCUCCUCCAACCUCACCGUCACCGGCGACGACGAUGACGAUUCCACUACUCUCAACUUCCUUGCUCCGAACGACGACGUAUCCGCCAAUCACCAAGGCGGUCGGAGGACCAUCCAGCUUUUUCCGCUCGCCCAAUCCGUAAGCUCUUCUUCGUCGUCGUCGGCGGCUUCUAAAAAGCAGUGGCUGGGACUAUCGUCCGGUUCCCGAUUGGAGCUUGAGCCGAUUUACUAUGCUCCCGCGGAGCCGAGGAUCGUGCUCCCGCAGCAGGUGAAGAAGAGCCGGAGAGGGCCCAGGUCCCGGAGCUCGCAGUACCGGGGCGUUACGUUUUAUCGAAGGACCGGGAGAUGGGAAUCCCAUAUUUGGGAUUGCGGGAAACAAGUGUACUUGGGAGGAUUUGACACUGCCCAUGCUGCUGCUAGGGCGUAUGAUCGAGCUGCGAUCAAGUUCCGCGGAAUUGAGGCUGAUAUUAAUUUCAGUGUCGGUGAUUAUGAGGAUGAUAUUAAGCAGAUGAGUAAUUUUACAAAGGAAGAGUUUGUGCAUAUCCUGCGCCGCCAGAGUACCGGUUUCUCUAGAGGAAGCUCAAAAUUCAGGGGAGUCACACUGCACAAAUGCGGCCGCUGGGAAGCUCGUAUGGGCCAGUUUCUAGGCAAGAAGGCAUACGACAAGGCUGCCAUCAAAUGCAAUGGACGAGAAGCGGUCACCAACUUUGAUCGAAGCUCGUAUGAUGGGGAGAUAAUGUCUGAGGCCAAUAACGAAGGCAGCCACCGGAGUCUUGAUCUGAACUUGGGAAUUGCUCCGCCUUUGGUUUCUGAAAUCCAAAAGGAGAACAUGAAUUUGAGAAGCUUUCCUUUUCAGCUAGGCUGCAACGACAUUCCCGUUCACUUGAGAGCAAGGAAUGAGAUCUCUGUUCCAGCACCCAUGAGGUCUCAUCUUUCUCAUGGCUCAAUUGUGGCGUCUAAGGAGCCUCAUAUAAUGAGCAACAUGAAUUCCAGUUUCUUUCCCAUUCAUAUGGAAAGAGCAACGGAGAAGAGUAUGGAUGUUAACUCAUUUCCCAAUUGGGCGUGGCAAGUCCAAGGCUCCAUGCCACUCUUCUCUGCUGCAGCAUCAUCAGGAUUCCCCUCUUCAACAGCCACUUCAUCGUCAUCAGCUGUCACUCAACUUCAUUUCCCUAACACGGCCAUUCUCCGCCACCAUUUUUCACCGUCAUUCACCAACAACAUCCCCCAUUUCUAUUGCAGAAGCUGAAAACAAGAAGCAGGUCAUGAUAGGUUAGUAUUUUAGUGUAGAUUGUAGAAUGUAGUUUCGGACCCUUUAGGGAGGCAAGCUAACAAGGAAUGAGAAAAGUAAGUUUAGUUGUCAACUUUAUUUUGCUUGCAUUAUGUAAAGCUUAUGAAAUCGAGCAUCUCGGUCUAAUGGCAUGGAAACACUGCAGUAUCUUUGCCUUCGGCCAGCGAAUAUCAUAGACUUCCGGUCACACAUUGUUCUCUAUGCUUCAUUUGGGGCGCCGAAACGCAGUUGGAGCAAAGUGUGAUUUUGGCAGCUUAGAAUAAAAAUUCAAAUCUUGUUUUACUUAUGAAGCGUUUAUACUUUGUAGUAACUUUAGCAUGAGUGCUAAUAUGUUUCUGAUAUCCCAGAUUGGUCCUUGUUUACAAACUUUGUGUAUGUAUUACGAGUUAGCAAGCCCUUUGCA